GGAGGAGACUUCCGGCGGAAGUUGGUGUCGAGUGAAGAGGAUUCAGAGAAAAAGGUUAUCAACUCACAGUCUUGGGAGUGUCAACGCUUGCUGAGCUCUCCCUCUCAGCUGAGACCCCGGGAGCCAUGCUGGACCGGGACCUUGGUCCGACUCUGUCUUACCCUCCUGCCUACCCAGAGCCCGCUAUUGGACAGCACACUCCUUUCAUGCCCCAACCUGAGUACAGGGUCUACGAGCUCAACAGACGGCUUCAGAACUGGACAGAGGAAUGUGACAACCUUUGGUGGGAUGCUUUCACCACAGAGUUCUUUGAGGACGAUGCCGUCUUAACAGUGGUUUGCUGCCUGGAAGAUGGAUCCAAACGAUACACAAUUGGCCGGACCCUAAUCCCUCGGUAUUUCCGCAGCAUCUUUGACAGUGGAGCGACAGACCUCUACUUCACCCUGAAACACUCCAAGGAAUCGUUGCAUAGUAACCUGGUGAUCCUGGACUGUGACCUGUGCAGCAUGGUGACGCUGCACAGUCAGCCCGUCUUCACGAAGGUGUGCACAGAAGGCCGCCUCUACCUGGAGUUCACCUUCGACGACCUGAUGCGGAUCAAACACUGGCACUUCAACGUCAAGCAGAACCGUGAGCUGCUCUCUCGUGACAUCCUGGUGACGCACGACCCUCCAAUGUUGGAGCAGCUAUCGAACAGUAUCACCCGGUCUGGUCUCUCCAACUUCACCCUGAACUACCUCCGGCUCUGCGUCAUCCUGGAACCCAUGCAGGAGCUGAUGGUGAGGCACAAGAGCUACAAGCUGAGUCCCCGAGACUGCCUGAAGACGUGCCUGUUCCAGAAGUGGCAGCAGAUGGUGGCACCUCCCGCUGAGCCAAUCAGAGCGCCCACAGCCAAGCGGCGGAAGAGGAAACAGUCGGGUGGCUCCGCCUCCGCCACAGCGCCCACCGGAGGAGGCAAGAAGAAGAGCAGCCCAGCCACCAGCUUCAGCCUGUCCAAUCAGAUGCUCCAAGCCAUGCAUCGCUCUUAGGCUGCGAGGACUGAGUCCUGACCCAACCACUACCCUUGAACCUUCCCUCCUCCUCCCCCCCCAGGUCUCUCUCCAUCGUUGUCAUGCGUCGACCAGCAGCUCAGCAUUGGGUGGUGGGGGUGGUGGGGCACGAGAGCGGCUCCCGUUCGGAUCUCGUCCCAGCAAACCCCCCCCCCACCUGGGGAGAGCUGUACCGCGGCUGGCCCGUGAUUGACCGGAUCUCUCCGUGCGCCGUCACGCCGGCCGUGAAUGAGGCGCCAGACCGGCCGACGAAGCGAGCAAGAAACGACACGUCAGACAUUUGUGGUAAAGCGCCCUCGCAACACCGCUCCUGGAGAGAGAGAGAGACAGUGGGGGGGAGGGGGUGGAAGUAUGCGAGUGUGUACACACACACGCGCGUACACACACCCACACCCACACACACACACACACACACACACACACACACACACACGUGUCGAGGCGGGUCUCUGUCCAGUAGCUACGGGACCACCUACUCCAAAGAGGCGGAUGAGCGCCGUUCUCCAGAACCGGCCACAACUUCGAAGGAACGUCGUGAGAGGCAGACGGUGGAAGGGAUAAUAAUGGAUACCACAGAAAUGAAAUCAGGCUUCCAGGCCCACCCCUCACUGUCUCUCCCCCCCCUCCCCCCCGCCACCUUUCUCUUGAGCGCGAAUUUGUUUUAAAUUUGAUCUCUUCCGAUGUGUGCGUCCUAUGGUGCAAGCUGUGAACUCCGGGGCGACCCUUGACCUGGAAGCUCUCCCGUCAAGUGGCAGGAGGAGUUGGCGGAACCCGUGCGUUUUUUUUUUAAAAAAACAAAUAAACUCCAUUGCAUCCUUUUGUACCAGUUCACGACAGACGAAAAACCGUCUGUCCUUGUUGUUCGACCCCAUUUACAUGUUGUUGAGCGACGUGAAUAAAAGUCUUU